AUGCCGGACAUUCGCAUGUUGGAGCUGAUGUUUACAUGCGAACGCACCAUCUUCAUCGUCCUCGAGGAUCACCUUCACCGGCCUGCGUGGGUUGAUAUGCCUGACAAGCGUGUGAUUCAGCCACAGCCAAACCAAGGCAUCAUCGACAAUACCACCUACGACGUUCUUCGGCCCGGAGUCCAGAUCAACAGCAAAUCCCUCCGAGACCAGGCAGAUUCGUCAGUCUUGUCCACCACUGCGGGUGUUCUUGUGGAAAACGAUGCUGGCGAGGCCUUCAUGACGGCCGCCUCCCAUGGAAUUGGGGAGGACGGGACGGUGUGGAAAGGAGGGCGGGCCGAUCGAAUCAUUGGCAAGGCUGCCGUGGAGAUACCGUUCACCGAUAUCAGCCUCCUGAAGCCGAAGAAAGAUGUAGCCUUCGUUUACAAAACCUUCGAAACCGAAGCAGCUGGGCCGAGUCCCAAGUUUAUAUGCUUGCGAACCUCGGAAGACGAUAUGCCAUGCGGCCCCUGCUAUCUAAACAGUACAUACACGGGCAACAUGGUGGGAGCUUUGGUCCACAAAUCGGUUCGUCUUUUCAAGCCCGACACGCCUACUACAUGUACACAACGCGACCUUCGGUACGUGGUGUAUGAUUGGAUGCAUACGGGGCAAGUGGAGGGAAAUGAUAGUAAGGUCCAGCCAUCAGACGGUACAUGCGGGUCGGCGGUAUGGAACGGCGAUGGUGUGAUCUUGGGCUUCUACCAGCACUAUGUAUCGGAGGGACCUUGGGCCGGAUUUGCAGCUUCGGUGAGCGCAAGUGCGGUGGUAGAUGCGGGUUAUCGUUUGGCGAGGCAUCCCUGCUAG